CAAAAGUUAUCGAAAAAUAGUUAGGUUAUUGUUAUAACAACAAACAUUGUUUAAAUUCAAUAAUAAGAAAUUUCUUUACAAUAAUGUUGUCGUUUAGGAAUGUUGUGGCAAAACUACAAACAUGUCCACCUCAAAUAUUAAUGUACUGUACAAAAGCUGUCACGGAAACAAUCACUCCAUAUAUUUCAAAGAAAAGUUAUCCGAAUGAAAGUUUUCUUUACCAAAAACCGCGGGAAGUGUGGUUAGAAAAUUUAGAUACUGUUCAAAGAAAAAAGUUAGGACUUGUAAUUUUACAUCCUCAUGUUUAUGCAACAUCUCCUAGGAUAGAUAUAAUUCAUCAAAAUGUGCGAUGGCAAAGAAUAUAUCGUUUUGUGUCUUAUGCACAUACAAAAACACGUGCAGAAGUAAGAGGUGGUGGCAGAAAACCUUGGCCACAAAAAGGAUUGGGCAAAGCACGCCAUGGUAGUAUACGUUCCCCAUUAUGGAGAGGUGGUGGUAUCAUACAUGGACCUAGAUCUCCUACACCUCACUUCUAUAUGCUUCCUUUCUUUACCCGUGUUGCUGGACUUACAUCUACGUUGUCUGUUAAAUUGGCACAAGAUGAUUUAUAUAUCAUUAAUAAUUUAGAAAUCCCAACAAAUGAACCAUCAUAUAUUGAAAAAUUAAUAGAAGAGAGAAAUUGGGGUCCUUCUGUAUUAUUUGUUGAUACCGAUGAUAUAAUGCCUAAAAAUAUCUCAGAAGCUACAUAUACAAUAAAGCAUGUAAAUUUAAUGCCUGUAUAUGGACUCAAUGUUUACAGUAUGCUAAAACACAAUACUUUAGUUCUUACUGAGAGAGCUGCGCGUUUAAUUGAAGACAAAAUACUAUAUCAUUUACAUAGACCAGAUUCUCAUAAAUUAAUGGAAAAGUUUAAACUUAACCAGCAAUAA